AUAAAAUAUUUUUUUUUACUAAUAAAAUAUUAUCUUUGUUAAAAUAGUCAAAUGAUAAUAAAUGCUAAACAGAAUAAAAUUCAGCCAAAAUUUAUCUUUACAAAGUUUGGUUCAGAAAAUAUAUUUAUUCAUUUAUUUAUUUAUAAUAAUUACAAAUAUUCUCCCGCACACCCAAAAACCAAUAACGAACACCCCUUUUUCCUAUUCGCCCUCAACCUCCUUCUUCUUCUUCGUACUCCUCUGUUCUUCUCACAAUUUCAAAUUCAAACCCAGAAAAUCCAAAACACCCAGAAAAUCAUGAACUAAACCCAGAAAAAUUCCUUAUUCUUCCUUAAUUCUUUAAUUCACCCAGAAAAAUUCUCAAAAAUAAUAGAACAAUGGUAAGAAAAUCAAGGAAGAACAUCUUCCUAAUCAUCCUCGCCGUUAUCACAUUCUUCGCCGUUCUCUCUCAUCACAUCUACCGUUUCGCCAAUCAAUCCCUUUCUCUCUCCUCCACCUGCAUCUUCCGCCGCCAAUCCCUCGAUUUUCUCUCUCCACCACCAUCACCGCCGCCCCCGCCGUCGAAACCACUUCUUCCAUUACAACCACCGCCAUCACCACCCUCAAAAGUUUUAUCAACCGAAGCAAUUUUAAUCCCGGAUUGGGAAGUCCUCGUAAUCUUACCACCCGAAACACCAUUACUUCCGCCAUUAGAGAACAAUUACCUCUGCAUUUACCCAGAUAAAUCCUCAACUCCGGCAAAAUUCGCCGGAAAACUCCCUUUCAACGGUGGUUUUUCCUUCAAGUGCAAUUUCCCGGCGAGUAAUCGGCGCCGUUUACCGUUUUUUCAACCGGCGUUAGUCCGUACAGAGGAGAGAGAAAUUCUUGCUGGUGUUCUUCCUCCGCCGAAACUCCUGUUACGGUGGAACUUCAUCGUAUACGAUUCCUUCACCACCGAAAACGACGUCGUUUUGCUCGUCAAAGGGGUCAAUAACCGUCAAGGAAGCAGCAGACCUCCGUCAAAUUUCCGUUGUGUUUUUGGACAUGAUUCUUUAACGCCCGUUAAAACUAACGUUACUUCUUCUAGUCAAGAGGUUUUCCGUUGCAAUCGUCCGGGAAUUACGGGGAGCCGUCCGAUUAGUGUAACGAUUGAAAUUGUGGAGGAUGAUCGGACGGCUGUGAUUAUCCCAUCGUUGGCUAAGUAUGUACCGGAUAAUCAGCGCACGAUAAUGCAGUUUGAGAGGAAGUCGCUAAUAUGCGCCUGUACUAUGGUUAAUAAUGUGGGCAAGUUUUUGAGAGAGUGGGUUAUGUUUCAUGCUAAAAUUGGGGUUGAGAAGUUUAUUCUUUAUGAUAAUGAUAGUGAGGAUGAUUUGGGAGCUCAAGUUGAGGGGCUUAGGAAUGAAGGGUUUGAUGUGAGGACGGUUUAUUGGGUUUGGCCUAAGGCGCAAGAGGCUGGGUUUUCCCAUUGCGCGCUUUACUCGGCCCGGAUAUGUGAUUGGGCCGCGUUUGUGGAUAUCGAUGAGUUUUUUCUCUCUCCUUCGUGGCUCGAGUCGCCGCGUCCGAGGGCGAAUAUGCUGAGGGAGUUGUUGCCGGAGAGGCCGGAGGUGGAUCGAGUUGGGCAAGUGUCGAUUCGGUGUAACGAGUUUGGGCCGUCCAAUCAGACGACACAUCCAAUUGAUGGGGUGACUCAAGGGUAUACUUGUCGUAGUCGAGCGGAUCAAAGACAUAAGUCUAUUGUUUACCUUCCGGCGUUGGAUCACUCCCUUUUGAAUGUGGUCCACCACUUUCAAGUCAAAGAUGGGUAUAAAUCGCUCCAAAUUGGAACAAAUCGGGCUAUUGUGAACCACUACAAGUACCAAGCUUGGCCCGAGUUUCAAGCCAAGUUCCGAAGACGUGUGUCGGCUUAUGUUAUUGAUUGGCGAGUGACUAUAAACCCUAGUUCAAAUGAUAGGGCACCCGGUUUAGGCUUUGAGCCUAUUGAACCUCCCGGGUGGGCCCAAAAGUUUUGUGAAGUAAUAGAUGACCGGAUGAAAGUGUUGACUAUGAGGUGGUUUGGGAAUAGUGAGUCCACUAUGGCUUGGCAAAGUUCAUAGUGUUGGGCUAUCUAUUCUUUUUGGUCACAUACAAGUCUAGAUUUUUUUUGCGAUACAUACAUGGAUGUGCAUAAGAGAUACUUCUAUCAAAUCUCAUAAUCUAGGAGUAUAUAGUAUUAGCUGAUAAAUGGUUGCAUGUCCCAAAAAAUACAACAAGAAAACGUCAUAAUUAGUUGUAUAUAUUAGUCUCUUUAAGACUGAUCUCAUAGCUAGAUUAAAGGGAGAGAAUAGGAGUAGGGAGUUAAUUCACUUUUUUGCUUAAUUGUUUUGUAAAGAAUUGAUUCUUCAACAAGGCUAAUUAAGAUUAAAGCUUUAUCAUAGUUUCCUGUUUUUG